AUGAGCGCGUAUUAUGCAGGACAGACAAGCUUCUUCGGUGACAACACUCCCCUUCCAAUCGAGUCCGGUUAUGCCAUUAUUCUUGGCUUCGGAGCUUUCUUUUCGGUGUUGACGACAAUUUUGGUGUACUUGGACAAGUAUGCCAAUGGCACGGAGCACACAUCUGAGUUCUUCAACACAGCAGGCAGAAGUGUGAGGACAGGUCUAACUGCAUCCGUGAUUGUCUCGCAAUGGACUUGGGCAGCAACAUUGUUGCAGUCUUCCAAUGUGGCUUGGAAUUACGGUGUCUCUGGGCCCUUUUGGUAUGCUAGCGGGGCAACAAUCCAAGUUUUGCUCUUCGGCACUCUGGCAAUUGAGGUCAAGCGCCGGGCACCCACAGCUCACAGAGUCUGUGAGAUGGUGCGUGCCAGGUGGGGGAAGGGUGCCCACAUCACAUUCCUUAUCUUUGCUCUAUUGGCAAACGUCAUUGUGACUUCCAUGUUGCUGCUGGGCGGGGCCGCCACGGUGAACGCCUUGACGGGUGUCGACACCAACCUUGCAUCCUUCCUUAUCCCGUGGGGGGUGAUUUUGUACACAGCGGCAGGCGGCCUGAAAGCCACAUUCAUGGCUUCCUACCUGCACGCGGCCAUCAUUUUCAUUGUGCUGGUGAUUUGUGUGUACACGGUGUACGUAAAGAAUUUCUCGUCUGACUUCAUUUAUGAGAGACUGCAGACGGUUGCUGGCUACAGCACAGCUCAAUGUCAGUCCAUCUUCAGCUCAGGUGGUACUACAUUCUUUGAAGCUGGCAAGUAUGCGUGCGGCCCUGUGCCAGAGAACGAGGGGGGCUCGUACUUGACCAUGCUUUCAGGCGGUGGUGCCAAGUUUGGUAUCAUCAAUAUUGUGGGCAACUUCGGCACUGUCUUCGUAGACCAAUCCUACUGGUAG